AUGAACAACGAAUCUCCAGCAGAACUAAUACGCAUGACCGCCGGCGGCUUCGCCAUAAAACCAGACACGUUGGCGCUAGAGCAGAUCGCGCGACUGCUCGAUGAAACGGCACAGUUGCGACACCAGAAAGAGGAAGCGUUGCGCCAGGAAUUGGAGUCAGAACAAGCAGAACUCCAAAGACUAAGCGCAGAAAUGGCUGAAACCCAAAGACCAGGCGCGGACUUGUAUGAGCUUUUGGGUGUGGAGGAGAACAGGCGCGAUCCGGAAAACGAUGAUAUCAUGCGGCUAUUUAGAGCGAGGCUGCUGGAACUAGAUAACGAUAAGAUCGCAUUGGCGAAGCAGCUAACAGAACUCCAAAGCGUGGUCAAUCAGCUCAAGCAAACACGACUCCAAUUGCAAAAGCGCCAAGAGGAAUUGCAACGGUUGAAGGAGGAUGCUGUGCAGAGUAAUGUAGCCGAACACUACAAUUCUACCUCUAUGAAGAUCGCAUUAUACAAGAAAUUGGGAGUACAUGUUGAGAGUACGUCAGAGGGCGACAAGAUCUUGGUGAUUGAUAAGUUGACCAAUCAGGCCAGUGUGUUGGAAGUUGAUCCCAAGUACUCGGACUAUUUUAUAAGCAAUUGGGUGUGGGACAAAAUUGCCAGCCCCGCCAAGGAAUGA